GAAUGUCCCAUCAUUUUCUUCUGCCGUAACAAUGGCUAUGCCAUUAGCACACCGACAUCGGAACAGUAUGGUGGUGAUGGCAUUGCUGGAAGAGGCCCCGGCUACGGUUUACACACUAUCCGUGUUGAUGGAAAUGAUGUAUUUGCUGUUUACAAUGCCACGAAAGCUGCCCGAAAAUUGGCUAUACAGAACAAGCCAGUACUUAUUGAGGCCAUGACAUAUAGACUGGGGCAUCACUCGACUAGUGACGAUUCGACAUUCUAUAGGUCCACUGAAGAGGUACACGAAUGGGGAGAGAAAGACCACCCAAUCACUCGAUUCAAAAAAUAUAUCACUGAGAAAGGAUGGUGGAAUGAAGAAGAAGAAAAGAAAUGGCAGAAAGAUCUUGCAAUUUAUUCUACAUAUAUGGCUUAUUUUCUCACAAUACAGUGCCGCAAGCGAGUACUUCAAGCGUUUGGCAGAGCAGAGAAGCAAAAGAUUGCCCAUCACCAUGACAUGUUUGAGGAUGUGUAUAGGUAA